AUGGGAAUCUGUACGCAGUCGUCUGAUCCUACCGGCUUCAGUCCCCUAGUGAUCCAAACACUCAAAAUGCGCUACGGACGUUCCGAGCUACUGAUCGAAUCACUAGCAGAAAGGGUGAGAACCGCACCUUCGCCAAAGGUAGACAAGCUGGAAAUGAUAAUCGAGUUUGGUACUAUGGUGCAGGCACUUUGCGAUCAUAUUAUCGCUGCACAUCUAUACGACCAUCUUGCGAACCCCACUUUGCUGAAAGAUUUGGUGGAGAAACUACCUGCCGAGUAUCGAAUGAGGUGGGCUGGACAUCGUAGACAGCAAAGGGAGGUAAAUUUGAAGACCUUCAGCGAUUUCAUGGAGGAGAUCGUCAGCGAUGCCUACAGCGUAUCGAACGUAGCCACUACUUUCGAACGAUACAGCAAACAGGAUCGCCCGAAGCCACGAGAUCGGAAUUUAAUUCACACUGAAGCGGGUAAGGUGGAUUGCUUGGUGUGUAAAAGGGAAGGACAUCGCGUAAAGGAUUGCAAAAUAUUCUCCACCUUACCGGUCGAUGACCGCUGGAAGAAGGUGCAAAGUUUGCAAUUGUGCCGAACCUGCGUGUCGAAUCACGGGCGAAGAGCGUGCCGCAGUACGAAACGCUGUGAGGUCGACGGAUGUCAAUAUCGGCACAAUCCACUCUUACAUGCUUCCGCUUCGAAGUACAAGGGACAAACCAGCGAGUCGCAUGUACAGUAUCACUUCAACGAAGCAUCCAUACCGUCUUUACUUUUCCGCAUACUUCCGAUCACAUUACACAAUGGUCUCAAAAGCGUGAAAACGUUUGCCUUUUUAGACGAAGGAUCAUCCGUAACCAUGAUCGAAAGCAGUUUGGCAAAGGAAUUGGGCGUUACCGGGUACAAAAAGCCACUCUGCUUGAAGUGGACCGGUGACGUGACCAGGGAAGAACUUGACUCACAGCGCAUCUCGAUCCUCAUCUCCGGCUGCGGAAAUUCUAAACGGUACAGAAUGAACGACGUUCGCACAAUCCAAGCUUUGGAUCUUCCUAUGCAGAUUCCCAAAUUGCUCAUCGGUGUCGAUAAUCUGCGACUGGCGUUUCCGUUAAAAACUCGGGAAGGUGUUACGGGUGGCCCUACGGCCGUCAAGACACGGUUAGGCUGGUGUGUCUACGGAGGUCAGCGUACUCAAGAACAUCCAGAAUACAGCUAUCACAUCAGUGAGUGUGGGGGAGAAGAGGCCUUUGACGAAGCCUUGAAGAAGUACUUUUCUUUUGAGGAGGCCGGAAUUAAAUCAACGGGUGCGGUAAUGUCUGAAGAGGACAAACGAUGUGCCCGAAUAUUAGAAACUACUACUAAACGAGUCGACGAGAGGUUUGAGUCGGGGCUGCUGUGGAAAUAUGAUAACUUUGAAUUCCCAGACAGUUACCCGAUGGCGGUCAAACGACUCCAGUGUCUCGAGAGCAGAAUGGCUAAGGAUCCGUCGCUCAAGCAAAACAUCUUGCGGCAGAUUGACGAGUAUCAGCAAAAGGGCUAUGCGCACCGAGCGACAACGGAGGAAUUAGCAGAAACGGACCCUCGUCGCACAUGGUAUCUCCCCCCUCGGAGCGGUGACCAACCCGAACAAGCCAGGGAAAGUUCUAUUAAUCUGGGACGCGUCCGCAAAAGUGGAUGGCAUAUCCUUAAACUCGGUUCUACUAAAAGGACCCGACAUGCCGUAAGUGCAGACGUGAAAGAGAUGUUCCAUCAGGUCCGUACGAGAGGUGCGGAUCGUUCUGCACAAAGUUUCCUGUUCCGUGACGACCCUUCGGAAGAACCUCAAGUGUUCCGUAUGGACGUUGCUACAUUUGGUGCGACGUGUUCACCAGCCAUCGCACAGUACGUCAAGAACGCUAACGCAAGAUCUUUCGAGAAGGAGUUACCACGAGCUGUUGAGGGGAUAGUUUUCAAUCACUAUGUUGACGACUAUCUGGAUAGCUUCUCCACCGAGAAUAAGGCGAAACAAGUUGCGUCUGAAGUCCGAGAGAUCCACAAACGAGGAGGGUUCGAGAUUCGGAAUUGGUGUUCAAAUAGCCCAACGGUUCUUCAGCAUUUAGGGGAGAGUCAACAGCAUCCGGUGAAGCAAAUGUGUCUCGAUGAAAAGGAGCAAUCUGAACGCGUCCUGGGAAUGCGCCGGGACGCUUGUGCCUACGUGUCAUACCUUCGAGUUGUCAACGAAGAUGGAGAAGUGGAAGUAGCGCUAGUUUCCGCAAAAACGAAGGUUGUUCCGCUGAAACCAGUCACUAUUCCGAGAUUGGAGCUUCAGGCCUGCGUGCUGGGAACGCGUCUCGCAAAAUACAUUAUCGACGGCCAUUCCUACUCGAUCAAAAAGCGGUACAGUCCCUAUAUAGCGUACCGAGUGUCCGAAAUAUUGGAAGCGACCGACCGCACCGAGUGGCGCUGGGUAGCAUCGAAAGAUAAUCCAGCUGACGAGGCUACGAAGUGGGGAGCCGGACCGUAUUUCAAUUCCAACAGCAUCUGGUACAGCGGACCUGAAUUUCUAUACUUACCUGAGCGAGAUUGGAAGAGAGGUGAUCCGGAAAAAUCAGGAGAAGAAGAGCUACGAGCUUGUUACGUUCAUCGGGAGAUACGUGUUCCCGAAUGUAUUGUAGACAUCGAACGAUUCUCGAAGUGGACGCAUUUGCAACGCGUCAUGGCAUACGUUCACCGUUUCACCAACAACUGUCGCAAUGUUCGCCUUAACACCAAGGUUCUUACGGAGAAGGAGCUGAAAAUGGCCGAAAACUCAAUUUUCCGACUAGUUCAGUGGCAAUCCUUUCCUGACGAGAUUAUCACCCUGUCUACAAAUCGUUUCCUCCCGUCAGAGCAACAACGACCGUUAGAGAAAUCCAGCACUAUCUACCAGGUCACACCAAUGCUGGAUGAAUUUGGAGUUCUACGCGUGAACGGCAGAAUCGCGGCAGCGCAAUGUGCUUCAACUGAUGCCAAAUACCCCAUCAUCCUUCCGAGGAAACAUCGACUGGCAGCGCUUCUGGUGGAUCACUAUCAUCGUCAACUCAAGCAUGGCAACAAAGAGACCACAGUCAAUGAGAUUCGUCAACGUUUUCAUAUUCCGAAGCUUCGCUCUUCCGUGAAUUUCGUCACAGCUCGGUGCAAUCUUUGCAUGAUACGGAAAGCACGACCGAGCAUUCCACAGAUGGCCCCACUUCCGCAAGCCAGAUUAUCACCAUUCACCCGUCCAUUCAGCUACCGUGCGUUCGUCGAUUCGUGUGCCGUAGAGGAUUUCCCGUUGAAAUCCACAGCGAUAACGGCACCAACUUUUAAGGUGCAGAGCGAUUACUACGUGAGCAAAUCAAUACCAAGCUUGCGACUACGUUCACCAGUUCAACAACAGCUUGGCGAUUCAUUCCACCCGGGUGCACCUCACAUGGGCGGCGCCUGGGAGCGAAUGGUCAGAUCCGUGAAAACAGCGCUGACGGCAGCCUAUUACAAUGAAAAACUAGACGAUGAUGCUCUGCACACGAUGAUUGUAGAAGCAGAAUCCAUAGUCAACAGCAGGCCGUUGACCUACCUUCCGCUGGACUCUGUGGAGCAGGAAGUAAUCACCCCUAACCAUUUCCUUCUAGGGAGCUCAGCCGACGUCAAGCAACCAGUCGUGCAGUACGAAGAUAACAACGCACUCUUGAAGCGAUCGUGGGCCAUAAUCCAAGAACGGCUGAACUCGUUUUAG